ACCACGUUCACCUGCCCUCUUGGUUUGUCUAUCUUGGGCUACUGGCUUGUGCAGGCUUCAGUGCAGAUUCUCGAACUUUAGGGCGAGAUACGGCAAGGAGGAAUGGACUACUUCUCCAAGUUCUUGCGGUCGAACGCUCAGCCAAUUCCCAAGGCCGAGAUCGACCAUGCACAGGAGUUCCACAAGUCAUGGGUGCUCAUAAAGAACACCCUUCUACAUCCGGACGAACGUCAAUUGACUCGCGGGAUCAAGUCUACCGAUGUUCCUGCACGUCUACAGUCUAUGGUGGAUUCUUUGGUUUGGGAAUCUACACGGACGGAGGAGGGUGAGACGGGUGCCUGCUUGGAGUAUCUAUUGAAGAAUGACGUACUUGGGACGCUGGUCAAGCUCAGCGAGUCCGAUCGCCCCUUCGGUAUCCAAGCAGAGGUUCUCCGGGCCGUACAGAACAUGGUCGUUCUGCUUGAUGAACAAUUCCUCGUACAUUCUGCGGUUCACAAGGCCGUUCUCCGCCUGCUACGCAACUGUGUCGGGGAUGAUCUGCAAGAACAGCUGGAUGGUCGGAACAAGCCCAUGGGAGCGGCCGGGAAUGUGUCCCGUACGCAACCCUCGGAGUAUGAGGAAGAUUUGGUCAACCUCCUCUGCAUUCUCUGCAGCAGAAUACGAACAUAUCGCGAACUACUUAUGAUAUUCUUCCACGACAAGCAGUGGUAUCGACCAGAACCACUAUUCGCCGUCGAGGAGGAGGAUGAAGACGAGGAAGAGGCGGAGAACGCCCCGGCUGCCGAACAAUCAGGCGACCAAUCCAUUUCCGAUGCUACAAUACCUCAACGUCCUACCUCUCCUGCUCCCUCCCAACAGACGGAUAACUCUGGACUCGGAUCUUCUACCACGAAGAAACCAGAGUAUGAGUUUCUACUCUUCAACUACCUACUUCGUUUCGUGCAUCGGGAGGGGCAGAUCGGCGACUUCGCACGCGCGGGUCUUCUUUUCCUUAUGGAUGUCGCCAUGUCUCCCGUGGAUCCUUCGCAUAAACCCGAGGAAGACCUUCGAUCAUCCACCUCAACACUAUCGGCACACGAUCAUGACCCUAACACCGACGCAGCUCUAGCUCUUGCGGAAUAUAUCCUCGAUGGCGAUUUCUCUGACGUCCUCGCUGCUGGCCUCGCUGCCGUUUACUCCCUGCUUCCUACCAAACUCGAAGUCCGCCCACCGACAGCGGCAGAGAAAUCCUCAGGGGCUGCUAUGAUCCUCGGUAGUAGCACCACCCCGGAGCUCCCGUCUGAGGAGAAAGAGAAGCUGGAGGCCGAGAAGGAGCGAAGUCGAGCUAUGGGUCUCGAGGAAUCUUCAAGUCCCGACUUCAAGGCACGCUUGGAUCACUUCCUGAAGUUGCUUGAGUUCCUGCAAGAUGUCUUCCGCCGGAACAAGGGAUACGACGCGGCGGAUGGAACUCUCGACCCCUCAGCACUCGUAGGUUCCGCGAUCGUGCAGUCUAUCCUGGAUGCCGUACGGCGGGUGUUCCUUGAAAACAUCCUCUAUCCUUCCAUCCUCGAAUGCUCCGACGCCGACGGUAGUGCCGUGGCCGUCAUGUCGUACAUUGAGAUCAUGCUCCGGACUUUGGAGAAUGGCCAGCUGGCGGAUGUGCUUGUCGACUUCUUGAUGAGCGAGGACAAUAAUGAGGAUCUGACUUCUUCCCGAGCACGUCCGCAAUCAAUGCUCAACCUUGGCAACACAGCUCCUCCCACUGCUAUGUCUCAGGUGGAGCUGAAGAAGGCAAAGAAGGGCAGGCGCAAGAGUACUGCAAUGACGUUGCUGGAGAUGGAAGCACCAGAUGCUCGCAAACAGUCUUCAUACUUCACCUCCAUGGGCCGUUUCACCCUCAAGGACCUGCUAUUGACUAGCUUGCGCUCGAAGUCGCAGCCGACCGCUACCGCCGCCCUCCAGCUCCUCCAGUCACUUCUCUUCCAAUACUGCACGCUCUGCGUGGACCGAUUGCUUGUCGUCAUACACGAUCCUCAAGCUACCUCCUUCCCCCAACCUGCAAUCCUUUCCGAUGCGAUCGAGGAUGUUCUCCCGCCAUCAGUUUCUGCGAACCAGGAUGACGACGAUGAGACGUUCAUAUACCCAGGCUCCGAAGAUACCAAGGAGGCAGAGCCCAUUCGUCCCAAGUCGGUGAUCGUUUUCAGCCAACCCGAUACCACUUACUGGACGCAUGAACGUGAAAUGGGUCUAUACCUCACACUUGUGUCUCGCAUCGAUCCGAACCACGCAGAAGAUGCGUUCAGCACGGGAUACGAUCACUAUCUGCGCGAUGCCAUAUUCUCCAUCCAAAGUCAACCAUGCUUCCGGCUCGACAUAGACCUCGAAGCGCGGGCGAAACUCAAGCACCGUUUGAACCCCAACGACCCCGUCCUCUCCCUCGUCCUCCAGUCUCUACGUAAAUUCUUCUCUAACACACCAGAAGCCAACAUGGCGCUGACCGGCGUGCUCGCCACGCUCGCGCUCUGUCCGGACCGCUCCCUCGCAGGCUGGUUGACCUUUGCGCCCAAGGAGUCACCGACGCCAUCCAACGCACGCGAGCAAGACGUCUUGUCCUAUGAGGAUGAUGGCGACGACCGCUCGAUCGACUUCCUGAUAGAGGAGAAGCUCGCGUCCGAGUUCAACGCGCUCCCCGCAUCCAGCAUAGAUGAGCAGUCGCGCCCCGUCGUCCACUCCAUCUUCCACGGUCUCGUCGGUCAGCUCGAGCGAUAUCGCCAGAUGGUCGAGCACUUCGAUCAAUACCUUCAGGAACGACGACAAGGCUUGUUGUUUAAUGAGAACCUGACUGAUGCGUUGACGCUGGCACUCGACUUCGAGACACCGAAGUCGUCUGCAUUUGGGGGACCGCUGUCCACUGUGCUCUCAUCUCCAGCGGAGACGCCUACAAAGCUGAAGCCAAAAUCGACCCAGUCGGUGUCGCAGUCGUUUGUCUCUUUCCUGACACCGAAGAAGAGCAAGCCGACAAUGCCCCCGCCGUCCGAGCCUACGACUCCGUCGCGAGGUGCGCGAGCGCUCGAGGCCAGUCCGUUCGGCCCCCACUACCAGAAGACUGGUGCCAUUGUUGUAGAGCCCUAUCUUGCACCCGCGCCAUCUUCUGGUCCCUGGACGCCCGCGAAGUCGCGCAAGUACAACGCAGACGAGGAAGAUGUCUUUGGCUCGACGGGUCAAUGGAGCGACGGUCGCACACAAUCGCAAGUUGUGGACGAUUCGGAGGAAGAAGAAGACGGCCCUAAAGUCGCGCAUGUCACGCUUUCGCAAUUGCUUGACAACGUCGUCAUUCUAGAGGAGUCUAUCAAGGAACUUGUAGCCAUCAUACACGCGAGACGUAGCUUGGGCAUAGAUUCGAUUCGCUAUCUGUAACUUAUUUGUUCUGUUGUCGUCAUGGAGGUACUACAUGCUACGAUGCAUAGAACACCUUUUGUUUAUCCCUGCCAUGUACAGCGACUUGCCGGCGCGAUGGAUCUCUAUGGGAAGGGGGCUGGCUCUCAACCGCCCUCGAGAGGUGGUCUAUGGCUAUGAUUGCUGAUCGUUGUUUUUUGCAUCGCUAGUAGUACAAUUUGAAUUAUGCUCGAACUAAGGCAUGCCACCUUUAC